AGAAAGAAGGAGAGAGGGAGACUGGCCAGCUGGAGGGCCAGUGGGACCCCCACACCCCGCAGACUGCGGUUGAGUCCAGGUCGUUUUGGAAGAGGUUCCCUUUCCUCCACUUCUCUUUAUUUCACUUAACUUACUGACUCCAGAUAUUUGAACCGAUUUGUUUACGGCGCGACUGUGGGCUGCACAGUUAACUCUCACCGCGCCACAGGGGAUUUCCCAGCAUCCACCCCCAAACCUGCAGCUUGCACCCCGACCGCUAGCCAGCGCGGUGCAGGAAUCCAGUUCGGGAACUGCACAGAAGAGUGCGCAACCCGGACCGGACCGGAGAGGCGGCGCGCGGGCGGCCCGAGCCUUGGAGGCGGCGGCGGCGUUGGCGGCGGCGGCGAGGGCGACAGCGGCGGCGACGCUGACACCUCCCACCAUGGACAGCUUCGACUUAGCCCUGCUCCAGGAAUGGGACCUCGAGUCGCUGUGGGAGCAGCCAGGAGGCUCUUCCAUCUCCAGGAUCCACCUACCAACUCUCCAGGGCCUGAAGCCAAGCUGUGCACUGGAGCCCUGCUUCCACUUGCAUGUGCAGGACAAGAUCCCUGGAAGCCAAGGCCACAGCUGUGAGGGUGAAGACAUCUUAAACCAGAGGAAUGAUUCCCUAGUUGUUGAGUUUCAGCCAUCAGCCAGCAGAUGCAGGAGUGUCUAUGAGCCAGAUAGGAAUGCGUUACGGAGGAAAGAACGGGAAAGAAGAAACCAAGAAACUCAACAGGAUGGUGGCACGUUCAACUCCAGCUACUCCCUCUUCAGCGAGCCCUACAAGACUAACAAGGGGGAUGAGCUCUCCAACCGGAUCCAGAAUACUUUAGGCAAUUAUGAUGACAUGAAAGACUUUUUAACCGAUAGAUCCAAUCAGAGUCAUCUUGUUGGCGUCCCCAAACCAGGGGUUCCUCAGACUCCUGUGAACAAGAUCGAUGAACGUUUUGUUGCAGAUUCAAGAGCCCAGUCCCAGCCCCCAUCUGUCUGUAGCACUGCAUCAUCCACACCAGCCGCUGGCCCCGGGCAGCAGAGUAAGAGAGGCACUGUGGGCUGGCAGAAGGCUGGGCACCCGCCGUCUGACAGCCAGCAAAGAACAGCACAACAGGGCUCUCUCAGGACCUUGCUUGGAGAAGGCGUUGGCAGACAGCAGUCACGGACCAAACAAACGUGCAGCGUAGAGGUGGGGCUUCCAACCCAGGAAAGGCCACCUGCGAUGGCCACGAAGCCCAGCAGUGGUGGACACUGUGUUCAGAACUUUCCUCCCUCCCUGGCUUCAAAACCCAGCCUGCUCCAGCAGAAACCAACUGCCUAUGUGCGGCCGAUGGAUGGCCAGGAUCAAGCCCCUGAUGAGUCUCCCAAGCUGAAGUCUUCCACGGAAGCUGGAGUGCACUGCGCGUCCUACAGAGGAGUCCCAGCUGGCAAGCCAGAGUCAGCCAGGGCCAGGGCCAAGCUGUCCAAGUUCAGCGGCCCUAAGCAAGGCGAGGAGAGUAGAUCUGCAGAAAGCAACAGCUGUGUGGAAGAAAUAAUCCGGGAGAUGACCUGGCUCCCACCACUUUCUGCUAUUCAAGCACCAGGCAAAGUGGAAUCAAGCAAAUUUCCAUUUCCCAAUAAGGACACUCAGCUGGUACCCUCCGGACACAAUAACCCAAAGAAAGGUGAUGCUGAGCCAGAGAGUCCAGACAAUGGCACAUCGAAUACAUCAAUGCUAGAAGAUGACCUUAAGCUAAGUAGUGAUGAAGAUGAGAGUGAACAGCAGGCCGCCCAGAGAACAGCUCUCCGAACACUGUCUGACAGCACUGUGGUCCAGCAGACCAACUGCAGGAGCUCUGUGCCGUCCAGCAAGGGCAGCAGCAGCGGCAGCAGCAGCAGCAGUAGCAGCUCUUCCAGCGACUCAGAGAGCAGCUCAGGAUCUGACUCGGAGACUGAGAGCAGCUCCAGUGAGAGUGAGGGCAGCAAGCCACCCCACUACUCCAGCCCCGAGGCUGAACCAGCAUCCUCCAACAAGUGGCAGCUGGAUAAAUGGCUCAACAAAGUCAACCCGCACAAGCCUCCUCUGUUGACCCAGAGUGAGGGCCAGGGGCCCGAGGGCGCACAGUACUACCCGGCGGCAGCAGGCAAGGAGGACGCGCAGGACUGCGGGAAGCUGCCGGACGCCUGCCCGGCCGCGCUGCGGGACAAGGACGGCAAGGGCGCCUGCAGGGAGGAGCAGAGGCCACGGACAGCCAACAAGGCCCCGGGCAGCAAGGCGGCCAAGCAGAAGUCGCCGCCCGCGGCCCUGGCCCCCGCCGCGCCCCCGCCGCCCGCGCCGCCCGGGGUCCCCGCCGAGAGCGCGCCCGCGCCCACGCGCAGGUCCGGGGCCAAGAAGCCCACGCGGCGCGCGGAGCGGAGCGCGGCCGGCGACGCCAGCACCACCGCCGCCGCCGCCGCAUCCGCCGCCGCCACCGCCACCGCGUGCCACCGGGCCGAGGAGGCCGACGCGCUGGGCCCGGGCGCCCCCGAGCCCCCCAAGGCGCGGCCCUGCGGCGCGGGUCGGACCGGUCACCGCAAGGAGCUGCGCGCCGCCGCCCCCUGUGACAAGCGGCGCACGCGGGGCCCUGGCAGGACCGUGCCCAAGUCCAGGGAGUUCAUCGACACCGAGUCGUCGUCGUCGUCGUCGUCCUCCGAGUCGGACCUGGAGUCGGAACAGGACGAGUUCCCGCCGCCCAAGGCGCCGCCCGCCGCGCCCCCCGCCGCCCCCGCGGGGCCCGGGCCGGAGCAGCAGCAGCGGCCCAAGGAGGCCGCGGGCAGCGGUGGCAGCGGCAGCGGCGGCCCCGGGGGCGCAGGCCCGGGCGCGCGCGCCGCCGCCGUGGGCUCCAUCAACGCCAGGACCAGCAGCGACCUGGCUAAGGAGCUGGAGGAGCAGUUCUACACGCUGGUGCCCUUCGGCCGCAACGAACUCCUGUCCCCGCUGAAGGACAGCGACGAGGUCCGCGCCCUCUGGGUCAAAAUAGACCUGACCCUGCUGACCAGGAUUCCGGAGCACCUGCCCCCGGAGCCCGGGGUCCAGAGCGUCCCGGCCGUCAAGGAUCCUGAGGGGCCACCGGCUGGCCACGCGCUGGACACCACCCCGGAGAAGGCGCUGCCCAAGUCCAAGAGGAAACGCAAGUGUGACACCGAGGACGACUACCGGGAGAUAAAGAAGGCCCAGGGAGAGAAAGAAAGCUCUUCGAGACUGGCCACCUCCACCAACCAUACCUCGUCCACCAACCACUGCAACGUGAACGUCAGCAGCUUGGCAAUACCAGUAAAUAAAAAUGAAAAAAUGCUCCGGUCACCCAUCUCUCCCCUCUCUGAUGCGUCCAAACACAAAUACGCCAGCGAGGACUUGACCUCUUCCAGCCGACCUCAUGGCAAUGGUGUGUUCACUUCUUCCAGCAAAAAGCCGAAGGCCGACAGCCAGCUACAGUCACAUGCCGGAGACCUCUUGAAAACAGCUCACAACAAUUCUGAAAAUGGUGUUCUCCACGGCAAGUCACGGCCACAAACAGAGCCCUGGUCACCAGGCUCCAAUGGCCACAGGGACUGCAAGAGGCAGAAACUAGUCUUCGAUGACAUGCCUCGCAGUGCAGAUUAUUUUAUGCAGGAAGCUAAACGAAUGAAGCAUAAAGCAGAUGCAAUGGUGGAAAAGUUUGGGAAGGCUUUGAACUACGCCGAGGCAGCCUUGUCGUUCAUCGAGUGUGGAAAUGCGAUGGAGCAGGGGCCGAUGGAGUCCAAAUCUCCUUACACCAUGUACUCAGAGACAGUGGAGCUCAUCAGGUAUGCCAUGAGACUGAAAACCCAUUCAGGCCCCAAUGCCACACCAGAGGACAAACAGCUAGCUGCAUUAUGUUACCGAUGCCUGGCUCUCCUGUACUGGCGGAUGUUUCGGCUGAAGAGGGACCAUGCCGUAAAGUACUCAAAAGCACUUAUUGACUAUUUCAAGAACUCAUCCAAGGCUGCCCAGGCCCCCUCCCCCUGGGGCACCAGUGGAAAGAGCACUGGAACCCCAUCCCCCAUGUCUCCCAACCCCUCUCCCACCAGCUCCGUGGGGUCUCAGGGCAGCCUGUCCAGCGCCAACGCCCUGUCCCCAUCCACCAUCGUCAGCAUCCCACAGCGCAUCCACCAGAUGGCGGCCAACCACGUCAGCAUCACCAACAGCAUCCUGCACAGCUACGACUACUGGGAGAUGGCCGACAACCUGGCCAAGGAAAACAGAGAAUUCUUCAACGACCUGGAUUUGCUCAUGGGGCCCGUUACCCUGCACAGCAGCAUGGAGCACCUGGUCCAGUAUUCCCAGCAGGGUCUGCACUGGCUGCGGAACAGCACCCACCUGUCGUAGGGACCUCACCCUGGAGCCAGCUGUGCUCUCGUCUCCACAGACCACUCCAAGUUUCUGGACACUGUGCUACUGAAACUCCCAACCACAGCAUUUAUCAGACUGCGGUGAACAUUUCCUCGGCGUCAAACAAUGACCUUUUCCCAGGGCAUGUGUGUUUGGACGUGUGGGUGGAUACAAGCUGCCUGUGUAUGUGUGUGAGAUCCACAGCUCCUUGGCGCUCAUUUUACUUGUCUAGUUUCCAUAACCCACGCUAGACAAAGUGAACAGAGGUUCCUGACCAGAGGAACACACACAUGCACACGUACACACACACAUUCCCAGACACAUACUUUCUGCUCCAAUGCUAAACCAUGACUUCUUGGAAAAAUUCAACCAAAAUCUCAUAGAUUAGUUACCAGGUGCAGUACAGCACACCAAAAGCUUAACUGCCGGUUAAGAUGAACCUAGCUCUUUUACCACUGAUUACUUUCAGUGUUAAUAUACUAUUCCCUAAUUAUUUUUUGACUGAUGUGUUUAAUGGAUAAUUGAAUCAUGAAAGCAACUCAGUUAUUUUUGUGCCAGAAGUUUAUUAGAUUGCAUGUUAGCCAAAUACCCUGCCCUUUUUAUAGUCUCACCUCUGUCCAACAAUAUGAUCAGUUAAACACAUUCUAAGCAAAACAGUUUGAUUCCCACAAGCCCCUUGCCCUGCCCCCAAACUGUAUGAAAAGGGCCCCAGGAUUUGGUGCAAACUCGGUGUCCUUGAAGUGUAGCACACGUGACGGCGUCGCUGACAGUAGUUUCAGAGCUCGGCUAGGCAUCGAGGUCUGUACCCGUGACGGGUUCUCCAAGGCCAAGCAACUUCCUCCUCUUGCCACUGUGACCCAGUGGCUGUAGAGCCACACAGCUUUUGUCAGCCAAUAUGUUUCAAGUCUUUUUCUUUCCACAGUAGCUUUCUUACAAACUUUCUUCAUGGCCAAAGAGGUCAUUAUCUAGAAUGUCUCUUCGCCAGGAGCCCAGCUAUUGCUUCUCAGGCUGAGAGCUGUUUGUGAUGGCCACACUGUCUGAUUCUCAUGCUUCACAGAAUGUGCCUCUGCAGGCCUUUGGGGCAUUAUGAUUUGGGGGGGUUUGUUUUCAGGCUUUGAUUAGCAAACUGCUUACAGUGCAAGGGAAGUUAUUACUGCAAGCAUCGCGCGGUUCUGUUUGCAGUAGCAAGGACCAGAGCAUUUUGCUUAUAUCUUGCGCAUCUGGUGUGUUUACGUCUUACCAUUGUCCUUUUUCUUUUCUUUUUUUUUUUUAAGUUUACAUUUUAGUUCUUGAUCUCUUGUUUACAAUGUUUGUCUAAACUUUAUUUUAUGAUAUUUUGUCAUGCCCUAGAGUUAGUCUUCUUGUUAAAUAUAUUUGAAUAUGAAAUAUUGGUAAAAAGAAACCUCUUCCCUAGAGGCAAGGUUAUAUCUUGCCAUACUUUGAAAACAAAAAUAAUAUCUUUGAGUUACUUGACAGAAUUGUACUGAAUUGGUCUAAGAAACAAGGUGAGGCAGUCUUUGGAGGAGUCCUUGUUCAAGGUGAUGAUGCUCAAUAGAAGCCCAAUAGAAGCUGAAAUAUGUCUUCACAGUUCUUAUGCAUUUGGUUGCAAUGUUAACAUUUUUGUCAGCCUAACCCAUAGGUGGGAAAUAAAACUGCUGUAAUUCCUGAGCUCUAAGCACUGCUUCAAAAAUGUGCAAAAGAUUGGACAACUGUGGUGCUUUAAAAUUAGUUGACAAUGAGCAAAUGAAAUUUGCAUUUUGCUUCUACCUUCAGAUAUUUGAAAAUAUUAAGAGUACAAGCUUAGUAUCCCAUAUUCAAAAUACUGAGGACCAGAAGUAUAUUAGAUUUCACAUUUUGGAUUAAUCACAUGUACAUAACAAGAUAUCCUGGGGUUGAGACCCAAGCCUAAACAUGAAGUUCAUUUAUGUUUCAAAUACACUUUUAUACACAUGGUCUAAGGCAGUGGUGGCGAACAUACAGCACGCGUACGGCAGCCAGCUGUUGGUUAACGUUGAAAGCUUUAAAAGGUUUGUCAUCACUGGUCUAAGGUGCGCCUGGGUUUCACCUGUGAUGGUCAGAUGUGGUCAGGUAUCAAAUUUGCCACUCACAGAGUCAAAUUGAUGUUCAAAACAUUUUAGAUGAUGGAGCACUUUGGAUUUUGUAUUUUUAGAUGAGAGAUGCUCAGCCUGUAUUUCCAUUUCGUAUUUAUCCAUGUAAGUUGCUUCUUAUAUCCCUUUUUAUGGCAGAGUUCACUUUCCCAUCCUAUGCUGAAAUUCUGAAUCUAACUUAAGAAAUUUUGAAUCACUUCGGCUUUUUCCUGCAGGACUAAGAUUUUGUUUUACUUUCUGGUGAAUUCUGAUGUAAAGUUCAAACUGCGGCAUCAAGGAAUGACUCAUGGGGUCUGUCAUGCUUUCCCAGGGGGCUUUCCUGAUCUGGCCAUUACAAAUCUUAUGAAGCACUCGCAGAAGUUCCAUCUGAUUGGGCACAUGGCCUCUGGCUAGUAGUGGUGGCCUUGUUUUGUUAUCAUGCUGAGUACCUAAGUUUCCCAGCCAAACCUGUAGAAACUGGUCAUUCUGGGGGAUGGUCAGGGCACGCAGGUCUUACCAGAACCUCUGGUCCCUCCGCAGAGCAUGUCAGCAGUUUCUGUUUUAUGUAGAUGAUUUUGGAAAGCAAGAAUCUUCUGAUCUUGCUGGUGAAAGUUAUUUGUUCCUUUUCUGUUUUUUUUUCUUUUCUUUUUUAUUUAGUUUGAUUCCAAGUUGAAACAUCUAUCUUAUGUUUUCAAAUUAUAAAAGUCAUACUUGUUCAUUGUAAAAAUUCAGAUAGUGCUGAAGUGUAGUCUAAAUGUCUGAAACAACCACAGCUCACAGUUUGAUGUAUGUGCUUCCAGAAAUUCUUGCACUGAAACGUAUAACAUUUAUAACACUUUUUGGUAUUGGAAGACAUAUUCUUUCCUCAGAAGUUCAGCACACGUUCAACUGACCUUAUCUGUCAUGACCUGAAUGGAAACCAUCCUUUAUCACUUUGCUAGAAUUAUCUUUGAAAGAGAGUAGCUCAUAAUAUUCCUGAUCAGACUUUGGCAUCAGUUACAACUCUACACAGAUCAAACUCAUGUGCAGAAUUGUGCCUGGAGAGAGGUCUGGUUAAAGCAGAUACUUCUGGAAACUUCCAAAUUGCAAAUGGAAACUCGGACCCACUAUCUAAAGAGGAACGUACUGGAAAAGUAAUCUAAUGAGUGGACAAAUUGUGUACUAGAUUGAACCAUGGAAUGCAAUGCAAUGAGACUUUCUGCACUAAAACUUUCCCUGCUAUGUACAACAAUGAUGUGUGUAUUAUAGAACAGUGAUGUGUACAUUUCCAACACCCCAUACAUGGUAUACAGUUUGUAUAAAUGCAUACAUUUAAAAAUAUAUAUGUACAAUACAGCUAACAUAAAACUGUAGUACACCUGACGGAUAUUACUAGUGCCUAAUACGGAGUAUAAGUCACUGCGUGUUCACAUCCCCUUGGAAGUACAGUCAUUGUUAUAAAACGAAUCAGUGCAGCCAACAUUAUUUAUGAACCACAUCUUUGAAACUGUGCAGUAGCAUAUACAUAUAUAUUUUUAAAUAACAUUUUUCACAGUUUUCCAGAGUUACUGUUGAAAUCUGUAUCACCAAAAAAAAAAAGAAAAGAAAAGAAAAAAACAGAAAGCAAGAUUUUUUUUAAUGAUGUAGGCACUCUUCAGACCCAGUUAUCUGCGUGUGAUUUCCUGUUUGUAGAUACCCAAGAGACUUCAGCAGUCAACAGCCUUAACGCAUGUACAGGAUAUUAUUGUGACUUAAUUUAUCUGCAGUUUUUAAUCCAUGUGAAAUUUGAAAUUUAUAAAUGGACUUGGAUUAAAAUAUGUCUGCCUUUCUAAGGUUGCAAGCGUUACAUUAAAUGACCUAUGUUGUACAUGAGAGAAUUGAGUUGUAUGGAAAAAGAACGUCCACCCAUUUCUGUGAAUAUUUUUAUGAGAAAAUUUUGGAAUUGAAAUACGUUCAAAUCAG